GUUUUGAAAUGUGAUGCUCCCCCUGUGCGUCACGUGUCAACAAAAUUUCAUGUUCAUGUUAUCAUAUUAUUUGAAUGAUGCUACGUUAUUAUUAUACAAGUACUUAAAACCAUAAGGUCAUUAGUUAAGCAGUUUUUUGAUGUGAACAAUUUAGCAGUUAAUUAAAAAUAAUAACAAUGGAAAGUAAAUUUAGAAAAUUAAAAGAUAAAAUGAGGGAAAACUUUCUAGGGGCAGAUUUAAUGAUUUGUAUACUUAUUGCCGCUUUAAAGUCUUACAGAUCAGACAAAUGUCUUAGGCCAUUCCCUCCAAUGUUUAUUAAUAGAGGAGAGAAAGACUGGCAAAAAUUGAACUCUAUCUGUGAUACAAUUCCUCCAUUAAAAGAAUUAGUUAGUAAUAAUGACUUACCUCAAGAAACUAUUGAUUUACUUACUUGGAUGUACAUUGAGUCAGGAUUUCCCCAAUUACAACUGCGGAACCUGGAACAUAUUCCUGUAGAGAACAGAGGAGGUUUGAGAAAACUAUUACCACAAUAUAUUUUUGAGGUUUGUUAUCCAGAAUCAACAGAAAAAGCAUUUCAAAAACGAAUUGGUAAUAAUAACACUAUUUUUGCAUACCAUGGAAGUGCUCUAGACAAUUUUUAUUCUAUACUUCGAGUAGGCCUCCAACAACACUUCAGUUUCAAAAAGGAAGGACUUUUUGGAAAUGGCGUCUACUUAUCUAGUGAAAUUACUGUAUGUACCACCUAUGCCCCAUUUCGUGAAACAUGGAAAAACAGUUGUUUAGGAAGCCAACAGAGUAUAAUUGCAAUUUGCGAGGUCAUCGACCAUAUAGACAAAGUGAAAUGUAAAGAUACUAAACACAGGCAGAGAUCACGUAACGAAGAAAGCUACAAUGAAAUACCAGAAAAGUAUUACGUCGUAACUGACAGUGAAAUGUUAAGGGUUAAAUACUUGUUAGUGUAUAGCCGCAAGAAAAUUAUUUUCAGCAUUAAAAAUGUGUCAAUAUUUUUAAUAAUAUCGUAUCUUCUCAUUUUGGUCUUAACAGGGCUUUUCAGAGGCACUCUGUGGACGAAACUAAUGAAGAUAUUUUCGUUAUAAAACAAAGUUAACAUAGGAAGAGACGACUGUUUAUCUGACUGAACCACGAAUUGUUUUUUAUAAUAUGCAUAUGUGAAUUGUAUAUCAACUAUAAAUUAUAUAUUUUGAGUACCUAA